AAGCUGGACACAGAUUUGGAGAGCACAUAGAGCGGGUGAUGCCACUGCUUGUGAGAUACAGCAGCAAGGAGGAUGAUGAGCUGAGGGAAUAUUGUCUGCAAGCUUGUGAGGCUUUCGUGCAGCGCUGCCCCAAGGAGAUUACUCCCCACAUAAACACUAUAACAGAGCUGUGCCUGAACUACAUGACAUACGAUCCAAACUACAACUACGAUGAUGGAGAGCUAGAUGGAGAGGGAGGGAUGGAGACUGAGGAGGAGGGAGGAGAGGACGAGGAUGCCAAUGACGAGUAUUCAGAUGAUGAUGACAUGAGCUGGAAGGUGCGGCGUGCCGCGGCCAAGUGCUUGGAGGCUGUUAUCUCCACACGCAGGGACCUGUUGCCCGAUUUGUACCGAGUGGUGUCUCCCGCCCUCAUCGCUCGGUUUAAAGAGAGGGAAGAGAAUGUGAAGAGUGAUAUCUUCCAUGCUUAUAUGGCACUGCUGAGACAGACCAGGCCUACCACCGGCAACACUCUGGACCCCAACUGCAUGGAACAAGAAGAUGCUCCUCUCUGCCUACUGCAGUCUCAGGUUCCUGCACUUGUGAAAGCCAUCCACAUCCAGAUGAAGGAGCGCAGUAUCAAGACUCGCCAGGACUGCUUCGCUCUGCUCAAGGAGCUGGUGUCUGUCCUGCCCGGAGCCGUCACCAACCAUGUGCCAGCUCUUAUCCCAGGCAUCCAGUACUCUCUCGGAGACAAGAACUCGAGCAGCAACAUGAAGAUUGACACUUUAUCAUUUGUCCACUGCCUGCUGACCUCACACCCCCCUGAAGUGUUCCAUCAACACAUGCAGGUGCUGAUCCCUCCCAUCAUAGCAGCGGUCGCUGACAGCUUCUACAAGAUCACAGCAGAAGCCCUGCUGGUGCUGCAGCAACUGGUCAAAGUCAUUAGACCUCUAGAUUGCCCAAGCAGUUUUGACUUCGCCCCAUUCACCCACGACUUGUACCGUUGUACGCUUGUCCGGCUGAAAGCUGCUGAUAUUGAUCAAGAAGUGAAAGAAAGAGCCAUUUCUUGUAUGGGACAAAUUAUUUGUAAUCUGGGAGAUUAUUUACAGGGAGAGCUUCCUACGUGUUUGCCCAUCUUCUUGGACAGACUGCGGAAUGAGAUAACUCGCCUCACAACAGUGAAGGCUCUCACCAAAGUGGCUGGCUCUCCUCUCCGGAUUGAUCUCAGGCCAAUAAUGGGAGAAGGAAUACCAAUAUUAGGUUCUUUCCUGCGUAAGAAUCAGCGUGCCUUAAAACUUGGAACUUUGACGUUACUGGACACUCUGGUGAACAAUUACAGCAGUGCUCUGAACUCUGAGCUGCUCAACAAGGUGUUGACAGAACUGCCCCCGCUGUUGAGCGAGUCAGACCUGCACAUCGCCCAGUUGACCUUGACUCUGCUGACCUCAAUCGCCAGGCUGCAACCCUCCGCCCUCGCCAACACUCAAGAUCCAGCCAUCAUGCCGGAAAUACUGAAUCUGGCCAAGUCUCCGCUCCUGCAAGGUGCUGCCCUGGCGUCUAUGUUGGAGUUCUUCCAGGCCGUAGUGAAAGCUAAUCUGCCAGGACUGAGCUACCAGGAGCUACUCACCAUGCUGAUAGCCCCUGUCAACUCUACAGCCACUCCUACUCUCCACAAACAGGCCUUCCACUCCCUGGCCAAGUGUGUGGCCGCGAUCAUGGUGACCCGGAAGCAGGAAGCAAUAGCUGUAGUCAACACAUUUCUGGAGGAUAUCCAGAACCCCCGCAGCGACCCUCAGCACAUCUUCGCUCUUCUGGUAGUCGGAGAGAUCGGCCGCCACAUUGACCUGAGCGUGUUGACCAGCCUCAAGCAGGUGAUACUUGCCUCGUUCUCUCCACCGAGUGAGGAGGUGAAGUCUGCGGCCAGCUACGCUCUGGGCAGUAUCGCUGUGGGCAACCUGCAACAGUAUCUGCCUUUUGUUCUGCAAGAGAUAGAAACCCAACCCAAGCGACAAUACUUGUUGCUACACUCUCUAAAAGAAAUAAUCUCGUGCCAGUCAAGCAGUGCCAGUGGGGUGGCCCAGCUACAGCCGUUCGUCCCUGCUAUCUGGCAGCAGCUGUUCCGGCACUGCCAGUGUGGGGAGGAGGGCACCCGCAACGUCGUGGCCGAGUGUCUAGGCAAGCUCACACUCAUCGACCCGCCCACGCUGCUGCCUCGCCUACAAGAGUCCCUCAGCUCUGAGUCGGCCCUCAUGCGAACCACUGUCCUCACCGCCGUUAAGUUCACUAUCUCCGACCAGCCGCAAGCGAUCGACCCCCUGCUCAGGGUGAGCAUGGGCAAGUUCCUGAGCGCGCUAGAGGACCCUGACCUUAACGUGCGGAGAGUGGCUCUGGUCGCUCUUAACUCUGCUGCUCACAACAAGCCUUCCCUUGUCCGAGACUUGCUCGACUCUGUGCUGCCUCAACUCUACCAGGAAACGUUCUUAAGGAAAGAACUGAUUCGUGAGGUGGAGAUGGGUCCAUUUAAGCAUAAAGUGGACGAUGGUCUGGACAUCAGGAAGGCAGCAUUUGAGUGCAUGUACACACUGUUGGACACAUGCCUGGACCGGCUGGACAUCUUUGACUUCCUCCAACACCUGCAGCACGGCCUUUACGAUCACUACGAUAUCAAGAUGUUGGCUUACCUCAUGGUGGCCAGGCUAGCCCAGCUCGUGCCCACUGCAGUCUUGCAGAGGCUGGAGAAGCUGCUGGAACCACUGAGGCACACAUGUACCAUGAAGGUGAAAGCCAAUUCUGUGAAGCAGGAGUUCGAGAAGCAGGAUGAGCUCAAGCGUUCAGCCAUGAGAGCUGUGGCUUCCCUCCUCACUAUCCCUGACGCAGAGAAAAAUCCACACCUGAGCGAGUUUGUGAUAUCGAUCAAAGCCACUCCAGAACUCCAGGUCAUAUUCGACUCCAUUCAGAAAGACUCUUCGUUACUGAACCAGGACUCCAACAUGAUGGACCUCAGCUGAAAUUUCUCUGUGUGUUUUAUUUUAUUUAUAAAAACACAGGUGGUGUUCUCCCCUUUCGUGUUCUUGGAUCCGAGACUCACCAGGAUUUGUUUUGUUAGAACUACAUCUUGUGGUUGAAUUAUUUACUUAAAAUUGAGGUCAAGACCCUUGUACAUAGCUUGUAUUGUGCUGAAGAUGAGGAGGUCAGGAUAUUGUCGAAUCACCUUAUCUCUCUUAUUUUGUAUUAAAAAUGUAUAAUUCUAAUUCUGCUAUUAUUAAUGUACAUGUAUCUUUACAAUAAAAUUUUGCUUAAA